GCGGCGGCGGCGGCGGAGCGGCGGGCGGCGGCGGUCACCAUGAGCACCCUGGAGCUGCUGCUGUUCCUGUGGCUCAGCGUGGGGUGCGUGGGCAGCAAACCCACGGAGAAGAAGGAGCGCGUGCACCACGAGGCGCCGCUGAGCGACAGGGCGCACGACGACGCGCAGAGCUUCGACUACGACCACGACGCCUUCCUGGGGGCCGACGAGGCCAAAACCUUCGACCAGCUGACGCCGGAGGAGAGCAAGGAGAGGCUGGGCAAAAUCGUCGUGAAGAUCGACGGCGACAAGGACGGCUUCGUGACGGUGGAGGAGCUGAAGGAGUGGAUCAAGUUCGCUCAGAAGCGCUGGAUUUACGAGGACGUGGAGCGGCAGUGGAAGGGCCACGACCUCAAUGGGGACGGCGCCGUGUCGUGGGACGAGUACCGCAACGCCACCUACGGCUCCGUCCUGGACGACCCCGAUCCCGACGACGGCUUCAACUACAAGCAGAUGAUGGUGCGCGACGAGCGGCGCUUCAAGAUGGCGGACCGCGACGGCGACAUGGCGGCCACCAAGGAGGAGUUCACCGCCUUCCUGCACCCCGAGGAGUACGACUACAUGAAGGACAUCGUGGUGCAGGAGACGAUGGAGGACAUCGAUAAGAACGGCGACGGCUUCAUCGACCUGGAGGAGUACAUCGGCGAUAUGUACAGCCACGACGGGGACGCCGACGAACCCGAGUGGGUGAAGACGGAGCGGGAGCAGUUUGUGGAGUUCCGGGACAAGAACCGCGACGGGAAGAUGGACAAGGAGGAGACGCGGGACUGGAUCCUGCCCUCCGACUACGACCACGCCGAGGCCGAAGCCAGGCACCUCGUCUACGAGUCCGACCAGGACAAGGACGGCCGUCUGACGCGGGAGGAGAUCGUGGCCAAGUACGACCUGUUUGUGGGCAGCCAGGCCACCGACUUCGGGGAGGCGUUGGUGCGGCACGACGAGUUCUGAUGGCACCCGCAGCCCCCGGGGGGGGGGAGAGGAAAAAAACCCGACAAAACAACACCCCAUUAUUUAUUUUUUAACCGUUUCUGGAGAGGCUGAAGGAGCGCCGACGUCACUGCCCCUAUAGGGGGGCGGCGCAGGGGGGGAUCCCUAUGCACCCCCCCCUUUCCACCCCCUCCUCGUCCCCCUCCGUCCUCCCAGUCCCAUCCCAUCCCGGCACGGGGCGUUUGGGGUCACAGCCGUUGAGUUUGGGGCCGGUUCUGCAGAAUUUGGGGUCACAGCUGCUGAGUU